CGCCCACCCCCAUUGAUGAAAUGCAUAGGUCUGCCUUGCCCCUCGUACAGUGGAUCCGAGGAGGAGCCCAAGCGUUACCGGGAGGGGGAGGUGGCACCGCGUCCAAUAACUAGAAACCGGUGUCCGAUCCGCUGAAGUCUCCAACUUUUCUCUCCUGCUGGAGACGGUCGGGAAUCUGCUGUCCUCUCGGCCUUAGCUGCCAACAAACUGCUGUCCCCGUGUGCGGCGCGAUUCCAGUGACAGUGCGGCGCUGUCGCUAGUGACUGUAAUAUACGAGCUGUGUAUAGACAGAGACAUGACUUCCUAUCCGGGAGGUAUAAGGAACGCAAUGGCAAGUGGUGGCAUGUCCCACUUCCAGGAGGCCAUCCGAGAGGAGUUGGAAGGAGCCAUGAAGGCAGACUUGGAAAGAAUUCUCUCCACAGCCCCAGAAUCCGAAUUAGAGCACACAAAGAAAGACCUUGCUGGGUUUCAGAAGUUGUUCCACAGAUUUCUACAGGAAAAAGGUCCAGCAGUGGACUGGGGAAAGAUCCAGAGACCUCCAGAGGAUUCUAUUCAGCCAUACGAGAAGAUAAAGGCAAAAGGCCUCCCAGAUAACAUAGCGUCCGUCCUAAACAAGCUGGUUGUGCUGAAGCUUAAUGGCGGUUUGGGUACAAGCAUGGGCUGCAAAGGUCCCAAAAGCCUGAUUGGAGUUCGGAAUGAGAAUACUUUCCUAGAUCUGACUGUGAAGCAAAUAGAGCACUUGAAUACGACGUACAACACAGAUGUUUCCCUGGUCCUGAUGAACUCUUUCAACACAGAUGAAGAUACCAAGAAGAUCUUGCAGAAAUACAGUCACUGCCGAGUGAAGAUUCAUACCUUUAAUCAGAGCAGGUACCCGAGGAUAAAUAAGGAGUCAUUAUUGCCCAUCGCCAAAGACUUGUCGUAUUCUGUGGAAAAUGCGGAGAGUUGGUACCCCCCUGGGCACGGCGAUAUCUACGCCAGCUUUUAUAAUUCUGGUCUCCUGGACAGACUCAUAGGGGAAGGGAAGGAGUACAUCUUUGUUUCCAACAUUGACAAUCUUGGGGCCACAGUGGACCUAUAUAUCCUUAACCAUCUCCUCAAUCCACCCAACGGCAAGAAAUGUGAAUUUGUCAUGGAGGUGACAGACAAAACAAGAGCUGAUGUUAAGGGUGGGACCCUCACUCAAUAUGAAGGGAAACUGAGGCUGGUGGAAAUUGCCCAAGUGCCCAAAGCCCAUGUUGAUGAGUUUAAAUCUGUCUCAAAGUUUAAGAUCUUUAACACAAAUAAUUUGUGGAUUUCCUUAUCUGCCAUCAAGAGGCUGCAAGAAGCCAACGCCAUUGACAUGGAAAUCAUUGUUAAUCCCAAGACUUUGGAUGGAGGAUUAAAUGUGAUUCAGCUGGAGACGGCCGUUGGAGCAGCUGUUAAGAGUUUUGAAAAUUCUUUGGGUAUCAAUGUCCCUCGAAGCCGUUUCCUUCCCGUCAAGACCACGUCAGACCUUCUUCUUGUCAUGUCCAACCUGUACAGCCUUCAGGCCGGCUCCCUGACAAUGAGCGAGAAGCGCGAGUUCCCCACCGUCCCGCUCACCAAACUGGGAAGCUCCUUCACUAAGGUACAAGACUACUUGAAGAGGUUUGAAAGUAUCCCAGAUAUGCUGGAACUGGAUCACCUCACGGUAUCCGGAGACGUCACAUUUGGGAAAAAUGUUGCACUUAAGGGUACAGUGAUUAUAAUUGCAAACCACGGAGACCGAAUCGACAUCCCUCCUGGGGCCGUAUUAGAAAACAAGAUCGUGUCUGGAAACCUGCGCAUCCUGGACCACUGAGCUCCCGACCUUUUUUAUGGAUCAUGUACAAUAUAGACAAGCGCAUUGCCGGCACGUCGAUCUCUAGUUUGUAAUCCCGACUCCCGCUGUACCUUACAGUAUUCUCAUGUGUGUGCGAUAGUCUCUAUUUAAUGAUAGAAUGAGAAAGCCCUCGUUAUAUGGAAGCAAUAGUUAAACAUUUAGUCUAUACACAAAUCUAUUCAUGUGGAAGGAAACUUCAAGUGCAAUAUUGUCCUUAACUGUGAAGUCAAUAAAAGGACAAACAGA